CGGCUUUCGGCACCGGCGAUAGAUAAGUUUGAAAUUGGCUCCUGGAACGCAGCUACAUACAAACAACACCCAUUUGCGGCAUUAUUUGUCCACGGUCCGCGGAGCUGGAUGGAACUUGUUUUAGGGCUUGGUACCAAAUUUCGUAGUUAGUUUAGUAGGUCGCAGGUUGUGUUUUCGCGGUGCAUGGAAUCUACCGGGCCGUUCUAUAGUUGAUCUCAGAAAAAGAAACUAAGUGCGCGUCAGUAGGUACUACUAGACUACUAGUGUCGUGUAGAAGUUGUGUGUUUUUUUGGACGUAAAUUUGUGAACUAUAAACCUAGGUAGGAUGACGAACCUGAACGACUACGACGCGCUUCUGGGUGAGCACCGUGGGAUUUGCGAACAACUGAACAUUGACGCUCCCACCGAGGAACGAUCCUGGAACUCUUUUAGGGAAAUUUCCAGCAAGUACAAAUUGGAUGGCGAUCAAAUGCACUGGAUGUGCUGCCCGCUGUACGUCACCUGUCGGCAGGCCGUAACCCCCACCGUCGGAAACACUAAUUCACUACGUGGUAAUUGCGUUUCGCUUACCAGACUUUUACGGCUUUGUAACAUCAGCUUGAACGAGUUCUUCAAAAAAAUAAAUCAAUGGGCCAAAAUGGCUUCACUGCCCGAGGAACAACGGAACGAUAUCAUGCAGCUGCAGCAUCGCUUCGCCGUGUCGAUGUCUAUCUAUGGCAAAUUCCGGAAAGUGUUCGAGGAGAUUUUUCUAACACCGAACAUGGAAGAACAAAAGCGCGGCAAAAAAACGAAACCUCAGCGGUGCAGCUCUAAUCGUCUGUACGAGUUCUGCUGGACGCUGUUCAUAUGCGCCAAAGCCGAAUAUCCGGAGCAGAGUGGCGAUUUAGUUACGUCCUACAGCAUGCUGCUGUGCUGUCUGGAUUUGAUAUACGCCAACGCAAUAGCCGAAAGCAGAAAGGAUAUCGUUAAUCCAAGCUUUGCUGGCCUUCCGAAAGGCUUUCUAGAUUCUGGAAACGCUGCAGAGCAGCCUGUUUGCAUAAUCGAUGCCAUCAACGAAGACGGCUGUGCUUCAGAUGCGCUUAACACGAAGACAACCAGCUGGAAAGACGUAAUUGAGAAACUCUUUCAGACAAACAUUCUCAAGGGCGAUGCCUCGAGUUUCCUAGGUCUCAUCUCAGUUGCAAACUUCGAGGAGAACCUAAAAUCCCUCAACAACUUAUACGACACGUUCAUUCUCAGCUGUGGAGAAUUCGAUGAACGUAUUGCUUUGGGGCAAAAAGCACUGGAACAACCGCUAUCGUCACGCUCCAAAAAUGAGCCCACAACUUCUUCGGCCACGCCAGAGAAGGUUCCCUUGUGCCAGCAAACGCCGCUCAGCGGUCGCAGUCGUAUCGGUAGCAAUGAGUGCAAUAAUUUUACACCCAUAUCAAUCGCAUAUGCCUCGGUUAACAAACUACGCUCCAAACUGAUGGGUUACGAAGGUAAGCCGCAGCUGUCACUGCAGGAGCUGUUCAAAAGUUGCUCGUCAGAUCCGACAAACAUCCUGCAAGAUAGGGUGAUCACGGCAAGAAAGCGCUUCAUGCAACAAACGAAAAAGCUCAAUUGGAAUGAAAACUAUACGACUGACAAGUGUAACCUAAUAGAGGCGCUCUACUUCAAGCUGCUGGAGAACAUAAUCCGUGCCGAGCUGAAGCGUAAUCCGACCGUCAACAUGAAAGAGUUUUGCAAUGAGGAUAUGUUCAACAAGUCGCUGCUGGCGUGUUCCGCGGAAAUCGUUAUCUUCGCACACAACAUGCAGCAAAAUUUGCCCUGGAUUUUGGACAUCUUCGAAAUGCGUCCGUUUUUCUUCUACCGAAUCAUCGAGCUGGUCGUGCUGAACCAUAACGAUAUACUGACGCGGGAUAUUAUCAAGCAGUUAACUUCCAUCGAAGAACAAUGCGUUGAAUCGCUUUGCUGGACCAGCUCGUCCCCUCUGUGGACAACAAUGUUGAAGAUAAACUACAGAGUGCCUUCCAGCCAGGCUGUCGCAUCGUCCGCGGAUUUAUCGGGCAUAACACCCCACAAACCGGGAAAUGGCACUGCCAAGCUAGAGUCGACACCCUCGACGUCGUCGAAGGCGGCUGCUUCUGGUGUGGCCGGUGCACCCGAGCAAAAGGUUCGAAAUCCCGAUUCAGCAAGGAAGAACUUGUUCAAAGCGUUGGACGGCGAUUCGAAACCGGCGGCUCCGGAAUCAGACGAUUCCGCUGGAGAGAAAAAAGGGCCAACGAAAGAAUCAACCGGAGCGCGGGCCAACCUAAACCAGCUGCUUGGGUUUAACUCUCCGCUAAAAGUACCUGUACAGAAUGGUUCUCUUUCCAAGCGAAAACCAGGAGAGUCCUCAAUGAACCUCUUCUUCAGAAAGUUCUACAUCGUAGCAGCUUUCCGCAUGAGACAUUUAUGCGCAAAUUUGGCCCUCAACCAGCCUGAAAUCCAAAAGCAAAUUUGGACAAUAUUCGAGUAUUCCAUUACCGUUGAUUUGAUGAAGGAUCGCCAUCUGGAUCAGAUGCUGAUGUGUGCAAUAUAUGUGUUUGUUAAAAUAAAGAAAAUGGACAUAACUUUUACGGAUAUUAUGAAGUACUAUCGCAAUCAACCUCAAUCGAGCAGUCACGUGUACAGGAGUGUCUUUAUUAAACGUCGUACACUGGACGAAGCAAACGAACAUCGCCAACAGACGGAGGCAGACAGCAAGCGGGACGGAGAACGGAGCCACCGAGUGGCACCGGAUGAUUUGGCAAUUACUUCCGUGCAGCAUGAGAGUGAGGAACGGGGUGAUAUCAUCCAAUUCUACAAUACGGUGUACGUCAAAUCGAUGCAGGAAUUCGCUGUUAUGUUUGGAAAUGCUGAUGUUGAGCAUAACCUGUUACUUUCUCCGCUACCGAAGACACCCAACCGUAAUUUGAUGUUGUCUCCGAAACAUGUUGGUGGACGAUAUCCGGUGUAUAUAACACGGAUGGAUCGCACGUUGCAGCAAUCACCCAAUUCGAUAACAUACAACAUUGGGCGCAGCACGACAGAGAGCUUAGACACCAUAAACCGUAUCGUGGGAAGCACUGCCAAGCGCAGCCUCAGUCAUCCGGAUUCGUACGAAGACGAAAUCGCUCCAAUGCCCACGGCUAAUCUGUACAAACGAUCCAAAAUGGACAAGCUGAUCUCCGACCGCCAGGAGCAGGAAAGUAACGUUAAUAAUGAUUAGACGACGAUCAAGUUUGCCGACCGGUGGCAAACUGAGUUUUAGGUUAAGUAACUAACUGACAAGUCUGCUCUGUGGCAGGUGCACUAGAGAGCUGCCGCACCGCAGGGUAUUUUACUUAUUUUAGUGCGGGUUCGCUACCAAUUCGAUUGUGCAGAAAUUGUGCAGAAAUUGUGCAUUAUAAAAACCCCAAAAAUCGUGUAGAAAAAUUACGUUUCCGAGGUUUACGAUCAUUUUAUCGUAUGUUUCGGUGAAUAUUGAAUGGUUUUAAUUCGGAUGAGUUUAGGAUAUGUAGCUUUAGAUAUGCCGCGCUAUGAAGGCAAAUCUGUCCAAUUCAAUUUACACUCGGGGGUAAAAAUUGUUAUCAAAAUUAUAUUUAAAUUUAGAUUAGUUAUUUAUUAUUAUUUGUGAGAUUUUAGUUAAAUUACGUCAAAAAUUUUUUGAAAGAAGUCAGUCAGUUGACUGUUUAAUAUCUCAGUUACGAGAGCGUAAAGUAUCAACAGAUUGUAUCAUUGCCCUUGUUACAAUUUUAUUCGUAAUUUAUUAUGAAAAAUUUAUGGGUCGUAAAUUGUAAACAAUUGUGCUUCAAUUACAAUAAUAUAACCGGAUUUUACUUUAAACCACACAAUUCAAUGCUUCCUGCGAACACGGCUCACCGAGUCCCAGUACUUUUCCGUAUUUUCUUAUUUAAUUGUUACUUCUAAUAUUUUUACUGCUUGUAGUGAUAAGCCUACAUAUUUGUAAUAUUUUAAUUAACGAGAUCAUUAUAUAUCCAUAUCCGU